AUGAAUGAAUUUGAGAAAAAUUUCUACAAGUUACUCAUCAAUGCAAUUUAUGGCAAAACGAUGGAAAACGUUCGAGCUAGAUCUGAUAUUCGGUUGAAAACCAAGUGGAAUGGUCGAUAUGGAGCUCGCAAGUUGGUAGCGUUACCAAAUUUUAAGAAAUAUUCAAUUUUCAGUGAUGAUCUCGUCGCCAUUCAUAUGAAUCGAACAACAGUAGUUAUGGAUAAGCCGAUAGCAAUUGGCAUGUCGAUUUUGGAGAUUUCAAAAGUCUUGAUGUAUGACUUUUUCUACAAUCAUUUGCGCAAACAAUAUGGUGAGAACGUCGAAUUGAUGUAUACUGAUACGGACUCGUUUAUCAUAGAUGUGAACACGGAUGACUAUUAUGCAGAUAUGAAGAAAAAUUUGAAAAAUUAUGAUACGAGUGAUUUCCCAGAAAAUAAUCAAUUCAAUAUUCCUAGAGCAAAUAAGAAAAUUCCUGGUUUAUUUAAGGAUGAGUUGAAUGGAGAAAUUAUCACUGAAUUUGUAGGUCUUCGAAGCAAAAUGUAUUGCGUGCGAUCCAACGGUAUUGAAAAAAUGAAGAAGGCAAAAGGUGUCAAAAAAUACGUUUUAAAUAAAAAGAUUACUUUUAAAGAUUAUGUUAAUUGCAUUACAAAAAAUUGUAGCGUUGUAAGAAAACAAAAUAUGUUUAGAACUAAAAAACAUGUUGUAUUCAGUGUAACACAAUCAAAAGUAGUAUUAAGUCCAAUGGACAAUAAGCGAUACAUACUGGAAAAUAAUGUUAACACUUUACCUUGGGGUCACUAUAAUAUUCCAAUGUAA